UGUUCUUUAGGUACCAGGUUUGCAUGUGGCCACCUUUAAAAGCCUGGGCCACCCCGCCCACCCCCACAUUAAAGUCUAGCUCCGUCACUGGAACCUUCCUUCUAAAGRUCUGAACUAUCCCUUUAACAUCCUUCCUCUCCGCCUCCUGAAAACACCAACGAGACGCUCCACAGCUCCAUCACUGCUCACAACAACAACAACAACAACAACAAGAAGAAAGGAAGACGAGAGGACAACAAAUCGGCAGCAGCCAAUCAGCGGUCUGGUUUCUCUUCAGCAUCUCGGAGGGGUUCGGGACGGACCGGAGCUUUUCAGCAGACCCGACCGGAGCGGAGCUCAGGCAGCGGGGGAGGAAAGACACCCGAAGGCUCCUCCUGGACCAGGAAAACUAUGAUUUGAAAUCGACAAGGAGCUGGAGGAUUACGUCACCAGCACAAAGAGAAAACAAAAGUCAGCCAGUCYGAGUACUUCACAAAGAGAAACAAAUUCCUGCUCAGCCAUGGCAGACCACAAAGACAACAUAGAUGACUUCAAAGUGCAGACAGCCAAGCACCCAAACCACAGCUCAGCCCCUUUACGGCCACAUACCGAACAGUCCAAAGACCGAGCCUCCAAAAGGCUUUCCACCGAGUCUAACGGCACCAGCGACGGAGGCGUGGGCUCGUCCACGCCGGUGGAACUGACCGCUUUGGAAGAAUCCUUCCGACGCUUCGCCAUCCACGGCGACACUCGUGCUACCGGCAAGGACAUGCACGGCAAAAACUGGUCCAAGCUCUGCAAAGACUGCGGCGUGAUUGACGGCAAGAGUAUCACCCUGACUGACGUGGACAUCGUCUUCAGCAAAGUCAAGAAGAAAUCCUGUCGCACCAUCACAUUUGAUGAAUUCAAGGCUGCCCUUGGAGAACUUGCCCGGAAGAAAUAUAAGGACAAGACCGGAGAGGAUGCGGAAGCUGAGGUCUUUAAGCUGAUCGAGGGGAAGGCACCGGUCAUCGCAGGAGUCACAAGGGCCGUGGCCUCUCCGACGGUGAGCCGCCUCACAGACACCAGCAAGUUCACGGGGUCGCACAAGGAGCGCUUCGACGAAACCGGCCGCGGGAAGGGGAAGGCCGGGCGCGUAGACGUGGUCGACACAUCGGGCUACGUCUCAGGAUACAAACAUCGAGGGUCAUAUGAAAAGAAAGUGAACAAACCUGGCGAGGGUAGGCCCAUGUGAAGGCCAACUGCCAGGAUGAUUUUUUUUUAAUUAAGAGUACUAAAAGAAAGCACAAAAAAAUUACCAUUUCAUAACUUUUCCCGCCCGUUUAUUUUAUGUAUGUUUGUGUGUGUGAAAUAAAAAAAAUUAGUUCCUC